AUGGCUUCCGGAAAUUCGGCGCAAAGUGCUGCUCACCAGCAAAACAUCUCCAUUCAAUUUUCCUUCUAUCAAAGGACGGUCUACGAGACCUCCACGCAUCCACCGAAGCCCUGCGGCUCAAAGAAAGAAGAUGCCGGCCUACGGAUCAGGGCCCACGAGCAAAUCAUCCAACGCGAAGCAGGACGAAUGGCGAGAUAUACCACAAGGUGUCUUGAAAGCAUCAUCCACGGCCGUCUCCCUAUCAACACCGAGCUCUUGGAUCUCGACUAUAUUCUCCUUAUCGGAAAGCAACUACUGGAAACUUGGGAGCAGAGGAAGAGAGCGAAUGAGCUCAUUGCUCCCCGGCAAAUGGUAAAAACGCAACUGUUGCCAGGGAAAAGGCCCUCCCACCAGAAAGGCCAAACGAUCGACAUCGUGCUUACAUGCUUUAGAAUCUUCAGCGCAGAUAUCCCUCCAAAGACGAGCCCCCAAGGCUUCGAUUCCCUCCCUGAUGUGCAAAUGUCCUGA